CCCUCUAUUUCAUCGCCCAUCCGGUUCCUCGCUUUUUUCAAGUACUUCGCAUCACCAUUCGAGUGUCAGAACCGUUCUUCCACAUGGGACUCGCUCACUUGCUGCUGUUGUCGCUCUCCCUCUUUCUCGUCCGCGGGUCGUGCACUGUGGAGCUCAAAUCCGAGCCUGAGCUCAGGUCUUUGGCCCAGGACUUGCUCGAAUCGGCCAAGGACCCGGAGUUCUUCCGAUGGAUGCGGGACAUCAGGAGGAGGAUCCACGAGGACCCGGAGCUCGGGUUCGAAGAGCAUCGGAUGAGCCAACUCGUCAGGGACGAGCUCGACGCGCUCGGGAUCAAGUACAAGUGGCCCGUCGCCCGGACUGGCGUCGUCGCUUUCAUGGGGUCCAGAGAGAAGCCGGUGUUCGCUCUCAGAGCCGACAUGGAUGCUCUACCAUUGCAGGAACUGGUGGAGUGGGAGCACAAAAGCAAGAUCGAUGGGAAAAUGCACGCCUGCGGCCACGACACCCGCGUAGCUAUGCUCCUCGGAGCAGCCAAAUUGCUCAAAGAGAGGGAAAAUCUGAUCAAGGGAACCAUAAAGCUUGUAUUCCAGCCUGGAGAAGAAGGUUACUCCGGUGCUUAUUACAUGUUGCAAGAUGGAGUUCUCGACGAUCUUGACGGUAUCCUCAGCAUCCAUGUUCUGCCUAAUGUGCCGACGGGGUUCCUUGCUUCCAGGCCUGGGCCAAUGCUUGCAGGUGCUGGGCUGUUUUCGGCUACUAUUCAGGGGAAAGGCGGGCACGCGGCACUGCCGCAUCACAAUAUAGACCCCAUUGUUGCAGCUUCAUCUGCCAUCCUCGGUCUUCAGCAAAUUGUAUCUCGAGAGACCGAUCCUCUCGAGGCAAAGGUGGUGACGGUCGGGUGCAUCGAAGGAGGCCAUACCGCUAACGUGAUCCCCGAGUCUGUCAAAUUUAAGGGAACCUUUAGAAGUUUGAGUUCCAAUGGUCUCUCAUCCCUUCAGAAGAGGAUAAAAGAGGUCAUAGAAAUGCAAGCGGCUGUUCACAGAUGUAAAGCCGUGGUGGACUUCGGCGACGACAAGGUCCCUCUUUACCCAGUAAUGGUCAACGACGACGUCCUGCAUGAUCACGCGAAAAGGGUCGGAGAGAUCCUGCUCGGCGAAGGCAAAGUGCAGCUCCUGCCGGUGACGAUGGGUUCCGAGGACUUCAGCUUCUUCGCCGACAAGACCGCUUCCUUGAUCUUCGUGGUGGGGAUACAGAACGAGACUCUGAAGUCGCAUCACGUGCUGCACUCGCCUUACUUCUUUGUCGACGAGGAGGCUCUCCCGAUCGGAGCGGCUCUCCAUUCGGCUGUCGCGGUGUCCUACUUGGAUGAGCACGCGGGCGCGGAUGGUGCGUGUCCCGGCUAUGGCUACCCUCCGGCCUCAACAACCUAUGUAAGCUAGUUUUAAAGGGUCUAU